UAUAAGAAGGUUCGACGCCGGGGGCCGCAGUGACAGAUGAGCGGACAGUGGACAGUGGGCAGUGGGCAGUGGUGGGCAGUGGUCAGUGUGCUGAGUGGGAAUACCGAGUGCAACUGUCACGCUGAUAUCUUCACUUCAGCCGCUUUCCUGCUCAUGAGGAGGCGGACGACCAUGGACUCGGACGCCAGUCGGGUCUCCAGCAGGCCGUCCUCCCCCGAGGUGGACGAUCUCUUUCUGCCCACGGUAAGGAAGUCCGGCGGCGGCUUCUCGGGCGCCGUGUCCUCCACACAGAGCGACUCGCCACCGGAGCUGAGCGGCGUGGACGUGCGGCGCGUGCCGGGCCACGAGGAGGAGGAGGAGGAGGAGGACGCGCUCGGCGCGAAGAUGUUCGCGAAGAAGGAGCGCAAGCUGCUGUCGGAGAGCGAGCUGCAGAGCAUGAGGCUCAAGAUCAACAGCCGGGAGAGGAAGCGGAUGCACGACCUGAACAUCGCCAUGGACGGGCUGCGCGAGGUCAUGCCCUACGCGCACGGGCCCUCGGUGCGCAAGCUCUCCAAAAUCGCCACGCUCCUGCUGGCCAGGAACUACAUCCUGAUGCUGAGCAGCUCGCUGGAGGAGAUGAAGCGGCUGGUCAGCGAGAUCUACGGAGGGGGUCACCACGGCGGCUUCCACCCCUCCAGCUGCGGGACAAUGGCACACACGGGGGCGGGCUUGUCCGCGCACGCCGCGGUUCCCCACGCUGCUCACACUCCCCACCCCGUCCACCACCACCACCACCACCACCCUCUGCUCCCGGCCGCCGUGUCCAGCGGCGCCCCCUCUCUCCCCACAGCCGCCAUCUCGGCCGUGACCCCGGUUAGACCACCACCCCACGGACUCCUGAAGACGCCCUCGAGCCCGAGCUUCCAGCACUGGAGCGCGGGCGUGCCCUGCGCGUGCAGCAUGUGCCAGGUGGUCCCUCCGCACGUGCCGCCCAUGGGCAGCGUCAGCAUAGCGAGGCUCGCGGGCGACUCCAAAUGACCCCCCGGCGCGCGCUCGCAAGCGAACCGGACCAGAACUUUCCGACUGCCUCCCGAGGUGUCCACAGCUCGAGUCUCAAUAAACGUUUCCGCUGUUUUUACUGUUCCGAAACGAACUUUUAUCACUGUGAAGGAUCAACGCUGAUUUUCACAGCGAAAUUAACGAUGUAUUUGCUUGUUGUUUUCCAAAAUUUGGUUUCUACUUCUUUGACUGCUGCAUCAUGUUAAAUUAAAUAACUCCAGUUUUUUUUUUUUUACAUGUUUAAAUUAUUGCUCACGUUCUGAAGCAAAUCCCGACAUCAGAAAAGCAACGAAAAAAAGUUUAGAAGCAAGGUUGAAAACAGCAUCAUUCCGUUUUCCACCAUUAUUUUAAUUUCACUGUGUAAUAUAAUAUUUCACAGUUGACCAGGACUGGUUAAUAUGUGUAAUGUGUUGAUGAAGAAUGCUCUUUGUGCAGUAUGACAGUUUAUUACUUAUUGCUUUAUACGUUGUGAAUGACGCGCGCUACCCGCUCUGCGCUCCACUGGCACGCGCACACGUGCUCCACGCCCUCGCGUGUCCGCGGGUUAACACACUGGUCCGUACCAACAGGGCCAUUAACUAUUGCAAGUCUUCUAACAUCUGAACAGUGUUUCAUUGCUACUGGCAAACACAAAGAAAGAAUACUUUAUUUUUGUAUGAAAAAAAUCCUAAACACUAUUUAUUUACUUAUUUUGCUGGCAUGUAAGUGAAUGGGUUAUAACAUGUUGGGAUUUAACAUAGUAAUAAAAUGUACACUUCAUUUUUUUCUCAUGUUUUUUUGUCCCCUUUCCAACCCAGCUCAAAGUCUAGAAAUAAAAUGAAAUUAUAUUCCUUCUCGUUUUUCAGCACAGAAGCCGAAGCUGGAAACCUGUUUUUAGUGGUGCAAAGAAUGAGCACAGUCUUUUUUGAAAAUGUGUGUAUUGAAAAAUGCAAACAUUAUAUUUUACUCUUCCUCACUGCUUCACUAACAACUAGCGUCCUGUGUGUGUCAGAAACAACAGCACAAUUUUUAAAUGUUGCUUCGGUGCAUCUUGCCAUUCAGUUGGUUCUAAAAAUAAACAUUUUUUUUUC